UUUUUUUGAAUAACACAGGGCUUGCUUUAAUGACUGUUUUUCGUUGUAAAGGCAACAAAAUGAAAAGGGCCUGUUUAUAUGAGAGCAGGGUCUGGAUGUUAAAUGUGGGAUGGAUCAUAUACCGUAUACAUUUUCUAUAGAUGACGAUAUUCGCCUCAGAUGACGAUGUAUGCUCUCAAUGAACCACAUCAACGACAUCAAACUUUAAAUGAUGAGCACAAAAAUGAUAGCGAAGAAGUUUUAUCUAAAAUGGCCGAGAUAUUUUAUAUCGAGAUGGCAGCAUGUUUCUUCUUUCCCUGUCAAUGAACCUUCGACUGAUCUUACUGAUAUAUCUAUUCGCACAAGUUUGUUGAACGAACUCUAUAAUGUGGAAAACAAGCAAAUUGAAAUUCCAUGUGUAGUGGAUGGCAAAAAAAUAUUUACAGGAAAUGUUGCGUACCAAAUCCUGCCGUACAGACAUGAAAAUAAGGUGGCUAAAGUUCACCUUGCUGAUGAGAAACUUAUUAACAAAGCUAUUGAUUCAUCCUUACUGAAGAGAAAUGAGUGGGAAAUUUUGAGUCAAGAUGAAAGGUCAUCAAUUUUUACAAAUGCAGCAACUUUAUUGACAACAAAAUAUCGCUUGCAUUCAUUAGCACUAACAAUGGCUGGCCAAGCCAAGGUUGCCAUGCAAGCAGAUAUUGAUUGUGUUGCAGAGUUGGCAGAUUUCUUAAGGUUUAAUGCUCAUUAUGCAAAGGGAAUUUUGGAUAACGUUGAACUUAUUCAAUUUGAAAAAGAAAAAAACUCAAUGACUGCCAGAGGUUUGGAGGGCUUUAUUGCAGCCAUAAGCCCAUUCAACUUCACUGCAAUUGGAGGUAACUUAGCAACAGGUCCCGCAACUCUUGGUAAUGUAGUGUUAUGGAAACCAUCUUUGAGUUCUAUGAUUGCAUCAUGGUCAAUAUAUGAAAUAUUAGAAGAAGCAGGUCUUCCACCAGGUGUCAUCAAUUUUCUUCCAUCACAUGAAGUAAAAUUUGGUAACACAGUAACAUCCUCACCACAUAUGGCAGGUUUAUCAUUUGUUGGUAGUGAGAGGACUUUUAAAGCUUUAUGGAAACAGGUUGGAAACAAUAUUGACAUUUACAGGACUUUCCCACGUCUUUCUGGAGAAUGUGGAGGCAAAAAUUUCCAUUUUGUUCAUGAAUCAGCAGACAUUGAUUUAGUUGUCAAUAGCACGAUUCGAUCAGCCUUUGAAUACAGUGGUCAAAAAUGUUCUGCCUGCGGAAGGAUGUAUGUUCCUGACACAAUAUGGCCUCAGAUACGUGAGAAAUUGUUGGACUGUCACAAAGAUGUUAAAAUGGGAGAGCCUUCAGAAUUUUCCAACUUUAUGUCUUCAGUAAUUAACAAGAAGGCAUUUGAGUCAAUUAAAGGAUUCAUUGACUAUGCAAAGAAAUGUGAAAAUGUGAUUAUUUUGGCUGGUGGAAUUUCAGAUGAUAGAGUUGGUUACUACAUUGAACCAACUAUUAUGGAGGUAAAAGAUCCAAAAGACAAACUAAUGACUGAGGAAAUAUUUGGACCAGUUCUUCCGAUUUAUGUUUACAAAGCUGAUAUGUAUAGAGAUAUAUUAAAAAUGAUUGAUGAAACAAGUAAAUUUGCUUUAACUGGAGCCGUUUUUAGUGAAUCAAGAGAAGUUAUCAGGGAAGUCCAACAAGUUUUAAGACAAGCUGCUGGUAAUUUUUAUAUCAAUGACAAAUGUACAGGGUCAGUGGUUGCUCAACAACCAUUUGGUGGUCGUCGAAUGUCAGGUACCAAUGAUAAACCUGGCUGUUAUCUCAAUAUUUUACCCUGGGUUUCACCAUUGUCUGUAAAAAGAAAUAUCCUGAAACUUAAAGACUGGAAAUAUGACUACAUGAAAUGACCAAGAUACUGGAUGAUCUUGAUGCAAGAAAAAAGUAGAUGUGCUUUUUAACGUUUUAGAUAUAAAUUACCAUAUUUGAUUAUUGUUAUGAACAAUCAAUCUUCAGUUGUCAUGCUUAAUUAUGCGUGAAUUGAUCACCUUUAUAAUUGAAUAACGUGUUUUUUGGCUGAGGAAUUAAAACCUUUUGUUUAACAUUA